AAAGCCUGGCUUCUAUCGCAAAGUUGGACAGAACUACUACCUGAAGGCAACACUUUUCAAAAUGUCCGAUUUAUUGGGCGAUAUUAUACUUAAGAACCUGGUCAACCUUGGCUUGGACGAAACCUUCAACGACCAAAAUGCCAAACCGAUGGGACAUCGUCUUAAUCGUUCCUCUUCAUACUUCGCACAAACUCCAAAGCCCAUCAGCGAGAGUUCUGAGCAACUGUCUGAUGGCAGUCCCAACUGGACUUUUGACAUCUGGAGCGACGCAGUGCCCAGCAAAUCCCAGAAUACCUACCGACCUGACCGUUCUAUGAGUCUCACAGAAAACAGUAUCCAAACUUUUGGCAACCCGAAACCUCUCGAAGUGUCUCCACCUCCCGGAUUUCCUCCUCUGAAUAGUCCACCAACUGUACCCUCGAACCGUUACAAGACCGAGCUUUGCCGAAGCUUUCAGGAAAAUGGCAGCUGCAAGUAUGGGAACAAGUGCCAGUUUGCGCACGGCGAAGAUGAGCUUCGCUGUAUGUACAGGCACCCCAAAUACAAAACGGAGGCGUGCCGCACUUUCUAUAACUUUGGGUACUGCCCUUACGGUCCAAGGUGCCACUUUAUCCACGAAACCCAAGAUAAGAUGGCAGCGAUGCUGAAUCAGAAAGAACCCUGCCCUAACCCACGUCUCCUCCGCCAAAGUGUCAGCUUCGCGGGCUUCCUUGGGUCUCGCAGCUCUCCCCCUCCUGCUCUGCACGAGCCGCUGGGCUUCACCCGUGCGCCCUCUGUUUCUCCACCGCCGUCAGAUCUCCUGUCUCCAGUUUUCAACGAUACAUUUCAGUUCAGCCAAAGCCGAGCGAGUGUUGGCGACAUACACAACAUUCCUAUGAUCAUCGAGCCCCAAAAGAACUCCCGCUGUGUCUGCGGUCACGGAAAUAAUCUCCCUUCAACUCUAAACAACGACCGUAACAGUGCCUACUUCACCCAGCCGAACUUGCAGCGUUUUUCCUCCGAGGACUCCUUGUCGGACAGGGAGAGCUACACCAGCUCCAGCAGCAACAGCAACAGCGGAUCCACUUCUCCUACUUUUGACAGUUCAGGGGGCAAGCGUUUGACAGUUUUUGCCAGGCUGUCUGUGUCAGAUUAAUUCCUGAAAUUCAAGUCACCUCGGGACUGAUGUUUGGACAGAGCUCAACGAUUUUUUGAGAACACAAAAUAUGUUUAGCUGCCAGACAACCAUAACAGCCUAUUAGCCUUAACUGGUUUAACUGUCUAUUUAUAUAUAGUGAUUUACCUGUCGAAUGAAAUUAUGUUGGUGCACAUCUUAAUCUAAAGCUACGUAUUUUUGUAAUUAUGUAUCAUUUUAUGCAUCUUGCAUAGUCUUCCAAUAGUUUUUUUGACAUGACAAUGGCAGAAACCUAGUGCCUUUCAGUUGUCUAAACUAAAGUUAGUGGCAAAGAGUUUGUCACUGUUGGAAAAAGUCCAUUCCACUUGUCAGCAAACCUAACUGCAAUAUUCCAUCGAUGUACACUUCUAGAGAUGUCAAACUUUUUUAUGUAAUUGCAUAACCAUCAAUGUGACACACUUGAAAGAGGGAAAGCUAGACAUUCUGUGAUAUGCACUUUAAAAUUGGUCGUGGGAGAGAAAAACUUCUCCAAGUAGCAUAAUACCAAAGCAUUACACUUUUUUUCUACUUUAUAGUUUUGGACAAACUAUGGUAAUCAGGGCAGUCUUCAUAUGAACUGUUUCUGUCAGAUUUCUAUGACAAACGCAGAGUGGGCACCUACCAAACAAUGCCCCACUAAAGAUAGCAGAAGAAGAGAAAUUGUGCAACUGUUCGUCACACCUGUCAAGUUGUAUAAUUGUCGACAACCCUUAGCUGGUUCCUUACUAAAGGAGACACCGUUUCUCAUCAGCAGGGACUGUAACAGUACAGUAUUUCCAUACAGUUUAGGUUGUCUUCAUUAGCUGUUUAUUUUGUAAUUGUACAGACUUAUUUAUUAUGUAUUUAUUAAAGUUAAUAACAGCAUAUUUUGUACUUAUUUAUCUGCAAGUGUCAGGGUCAUGAAAAUGUGAGAAAUAUUUCUGUAUAGAGAAAAAAAACAACAAAACAUGUUUAUUUGAAUUAUUUUUUAAAUGAAAAUAUAAAUAAAUGCAAAUCACAAAGAGAAUUCA